GGUAACAGGUGUCUGUUUCUGUCUGCAGUCCUGCACUCUUUACCAUGCCCUUUAUGUGACUGUCUGAACCUUGAACACCCAACUCUUCACUUUUCCUCGGCUACUUCCCUCUCUGUCUCUAGAUACACUAACAUAUACACAUACCCAUCUCUCUCUCUCUCUCGGUGAUUAGAGUAGAGGUAGGGGAAGGUCCGUGAAAGUUGGAUUGAAUUGAUGGAUGCAGCGGCUGUGAAAAUGAGUUCAUCAUCAUCAGUGGUGGGUCCAGCUGAGGAUGUGGUUCAAGCAUUGAUGGAAUACUUGGUUGAUCCGAUGUUACCCUUGAAGGCCUCCACGCGAGAAGCUCCUUCACUUUAUCAACAGCAAUUGGUGGCAAAACAGGUGUUUAUCAGUUUCACAUGUUUAGAGUUCUGA